AUGUCGCGGUCUCGGUCUCCUGUGCGCUCUCGGCGGCACGGCGGCUCCUCGUCUUCCUCUCGACGUGACCGACACGCACCCUCAUCCCGUCGUCGCAGUCGCAGUCGCAGUCGGCAUCGUGAUGACCCACCAGCGUCCUCCGAGGACAAGAGUGGGGAGAUCUCUCUGAGCAUCGAAGAGACCAAUAAGCUUCGUAUCUCGCUGGGUCUCAAGCCGUUGUCAGUGGGUCCCUCCAAGAAAGAGCAAUCAGUCGUAAAUGUACAGAAGACCAGCGCACAACUAGACGCCGAGCGCAAGCAGCAGGAGCUCAAGAAGAAGCUGCAACAGUCCAAGACGCGACGGGAAUUAACCCAGAAAAUAGCGGGUAAAUCACUUGGCGAGCAGCUUAAAGCCGAUUUGGAAGCUCAAAAGAAAGGAAACGACGCGCUGGAAUGGAAAGAAGAGAAGUAUGACGCCUCGGCUCUAGCUGGCAUGACUGUGGGCCAUUCACUGGACAAUUUUGAGGACGGACAGGAAAUUGUAUUAACUCUGAAAGACCAGCGUGUCUUGGGGGAAGACGGCAAAGACUUGAACGAACUAGACGACGAGCUAGUGAACGUUGAGCUCAGCGAGAAGGACCGCCGCCUCGCUCGCCAGGAGAGGGCGAAGCGAGCGGUAUUACCGGUAUAUACCGGCUAUGACGAUGAUGAGUUUAUCGAGAUGGGCAGCUCGAGGAAAAGGAAGAGUGGACCCAAGUUACUGGCCCACUAUGACGAAGAGCAAGAGGCAGUAGACGCCGCCGAAGCGAGGAAGUUUACGCUCGAUGCCUCGGGAGGGUCGAAAGCUUUGGAGAGCGAAAAGAAACAGGAGGAAGACGAGGACGUCGCAGUGAUCUCUCUUGCUAUGGAUAAAACCAAGCGAGUGGAGGACUAUUACACGAAAGAAGAGGUAGAGGCGCAAUUUGCCAAAAAGAGCAAAAAGUUGCGUAAAAAAAAGAAAUCGCGACAAGAAGAAACCGACGCUUCUUCUUUAGUGGCUCAGCUGGAACAGGAGGCGUUGCAAUCUGGAGCUUCUUCCUCGAAAGAUCGUGGGAAGCGGAAGCGGACUCGCGACGCUGAGGAGGCCGAAGAAGAAGAGAAUCUACUGCGCUUCCAGGAAGCUCGAGAAAAGGCCAACGCAGUGGCCUCCGAGGCGCUGGCUGCUAGUAAAAAGAAGAGAAAGCGACGAGUGGCUGACGAUAGUGAGCUGGCUGACGACGUCGCAUUAGAAAUGGAACUUGGAGCCUCCUUGGCUCGUGCGCGGCAAAUCGCUCAACUGGCGAGUCAAACUAUCAGUUUGGAGGAAGAAAAGACUAAGGCUGUGGGACACGUGUUUGGUGAGACUAACACUACAGCGAAUACCGUGGUGUUUAACGAAGCCACAGACUUUGAGACGCGACUACGAGACGCCAUGGAGAAGCGUGCAGCUCAGUUCCAAGCUGCAGCCGAAGGAGCUCUAAAACAGGAAGAAAAUGUGGAAAUUGAAGAAAAGAAAGAAGAGAACAAUAGCGAAGAUGAAGAGACCCAAGAGAAGGAAGUGUGGGGUGAAGAACAGCCGCUUGUGGGCACAGGAAUGGGCGCGACAUUGGCGCUACUGCGCAAGACUGGCGAUCUACGUCAGACGCGUGUGGAGCGACAAGCUGGACGUGCAAACGACGCUCGAGAUCGCAGCUUUGAGGACGAUCUGCGUAUCAAGAACGGCGUGAAAUUGGACUAUCGAGACGAGUUUGGUCGCUUGCUGACCAAGAAGGAAGCCUUCCGGAUGUUGUCGUACAAGUUCCAUGGCCAUGAGCCUGGCAAGAAGAAGAAGGAGAAGCGCUUGCGACAACUUAAGGAAGAGCUGGAAGCUCAGAAAAUGCUCUCGGGAGAGGGAAGUACCAAGAUGAUGAAGGUGCUGGAGAAGAAGCAGAAACAUACUAAGGAAGCUCAUGUGGUGCUCUCCAGCGGAGUAUAG